CAUGCCACUUACAUAUGAUGACGGCCCCAUGGUCUGGGUAGAUUGUGAGAUGACUGGUCUCGACGUUGCGAGUGAUCGCAUCAUCGAGAUCGCUGUCAUCAUUACAGACGGGCGCCUCAACCCGGUCGAUGACGGCGUCAGCUGGGUGAUCCAAACGCCCAAGCAUGUGUUAGAUGCCAUGGGCGAGUGGUGCACCGAGCAGCACGGCAAGUCAGGCCUCACAGCUGCCUGUCUCGCUUCUCCGCAUACCUACGAUGAGGUGGCCGCCAACGUGCUCGCCUACAUCCAAAAGUGGAUACCGGAGAAGGGCGCCGGCCUCUUGGCGGGAAGCAGCGUGCACGCUGACAUGAGGUUCCUCCUCGUCGGCAUGCCUGCCGUUAUGGCACACUUGUCAUAUCGCAUCGUGGACGUAUCUUCUAUCAAGGAAAUUGCCCGGCGAUGGUACCCCACUCUCAUCAAGCAGGAGAAGCGGGCGCGGAAGACUGAGUCCUCGCAUCGGGCCCUCGACGACAUCCAGGCGAGUAUCAACGAGCUCCGCUUCUACCAGAAGAACAUCUUUGUACCAAUCGAGCACGAGGCGCUUGUGCCUGAGGCGCGCGAUGGACCCCUCAAAACCGCCAUCUAGUGCAUUACACAAAGCUCUUGUAGACGACCACCGCGUCCACAUACUCCUCUGCUCCGUUGGGCCCAGUCCUCAGGCGCCCAGCCUUGGGGAUGAGGCCGACACGCUGGAAGCCGAGCUUGUCCCACAACCGCAGCGAUGCGACAUUGU